UCCGUUAACCCGUCGCCUUCCAGUCUCCACCCUUUCUCUUCGGCCGCCGUCGCCGUCGCCGUAGCCGUCGCUUCCUCCAACCACCAGACCAGCGGGCGGCGAGAGAGACAUACGAGCACGAGCAGGCUGGACAUGCUCCCGCCGACUCCGACCAGCCGCCCACCGGUGAGUGAGUGAGUGAGGGAGUGAGGCGGAGGGCGCGGCCUCGUCGGGGCGAACGGCGGCGGGCGAUGAUGGGCAGCGAGGACUCCGGCCUCGUCGCGAUCCACCCCGGAGAGAUCCGGUUCGAAUUUGAGGUGAAGAAGAAAAGUUCAUGUUCUGUCUAUCUAGUGAACAGAUCAGAGGAAUAUGUUGCAUUCAAGGUCAAAACAACUUCACCAAAAAGAUAUUGUGUUCGACCAAAUGUAGGAGUUAUUCUUCCAAGGGCAACAUGUGCUUUUACAGUUAUUAUGCAAGCACAAAUGACUGCUCCACCAGAUCUGCAAAUAAAAGACAAGUUUCUUGUGCAGACCACAGCUGUUCCUUUCGGUACAGCUGAUGAAGACAUUUCUCCUGCUUUUUUCUCCAAAGAAACAGGAAGAUAUAUUGAGGAGAAUAAGCUGAGAGUUGUCCUUGUCAGUGCAACUCAGCUUGAACAGCAAUUCCUUGCUGAAGUCCCCAGUGCCAUGUCAGGAGUUGAGGUUCCUGUGGCAAAAGAGACACUAAAUAUUGUGAAUGAAGUACCUAAUAUGAUGGAUGAAGUUUCCCAUUCCCUGAAAACAAGCUUUCCCCCUCUGAGAGAAGAUCCAGCCACUUUGAAUGAGAUCCCCUUCCCUGUAAAACAUACAACUAUUCUGUCCCCAUCAAAAGAAGUUCCAGUUAUUUCAGCAGAAGGUGCCCACUAUUGGAAAGAAACCCCUGCUGAAAGCUUGUUAUCAGUGAAUGAAGUUCCUCAUUCCCUGAAAAUAAACUUCCCCCCUCUGAGAGAAAAUCCAGCUACUCCGAAUGAAAUUCCCUUUCCCAUAAAACAGACAAGUAUUCUGGCAACAUCAAAAGAAGUUCCAUCUAUUUCAGCAGACAUUGCUCACCAUUUAAAAGAAACAUCUGCUGUUUCUGUAGAAUCUCAUUUUUCGUCAACAGAAACAAAUGUGGCCUCGAAUGAAUGGCCUGAAACAUUGAAAGAUACUUCUGCCCCAGAAGAACAUGGCACUUUAAGCGGUAGACUUGUCAAUGCAAAGAAUCUUCAUCACGUAACUGAUGAUGUUCAGAAUCUAGUGGCAAAACUCAGUAACCUUGAAGUAAAACUAGAAGAGGCUGAAAGUGUGAUAAUUAAACUUAAGGAGGAAACCAGAACUACCAUCAGGGAACGAGACAAGUUAAAGCAAGAAAUGGUUUUGUUGACAAGGAAGGGCGCUUCACGGAGCCAAGCCGGUUUCCCUUUGCUGUUUGUGGGCUACAUGGCGAUUCUUGGCGUGUCACUCGGUUACCUGUUGCACCUAUGACUCUGAUUGAUUGGUGCGGUGACGAAGCACCGGGGAGUGCGUACUGAGCUUUCUCACAGCAGCUGGAGUCGGAACAUAAAGAAGGCAGGUACCGUAAGCCUUUUGGCACUCAGAUCAGGGAUGGAUGAACUCGUGUCACGUGAUGAUCGUCACACCAUUAGUUCAGUUGUGCACUUACUAGUUUGAUUAACCAAUUAAAUCGGAGUACAUAAUUUUUUUAGCUGUACAGAACCUCUUAUAAAGUAUUUCUGCCCUUGUCGAUGGAGACAAGCCAGGAGGUUGGUUGUUCAUGGUUUGGUUAAUCUUUGUCAAUA